GUCCUGCAUGGUGAGGCUACUUUCCAAGGACUGGAAGGAUCACGUCGAAGGCCUCAACGCCAGCGAGCUGCUGGGGGAGGUCAAAGGUACGCCCGAGUCGCUGGAGGAAAAGGAGCGCCAGCUUUCCACCAUGAUCGGUCAGCUGAUUAGUCUGCGGGAGCAGCUGCUGGCUGCCCACGACGAGCAAAAGAAGAUGGCCGCCUCCCAGCUCGAGAAGCAGAGACAGCAGAUGGAGUUGGCCAGGCAGCAGCAGGAGCAGAUUGCCAGACAACAGCAGCAGCUUUUGCAGCAGCAGCACAAGAUCAACAUUCUCCAGCAACAGAUUCAGGUCCAGGGUCACAUGCCUCCUCUGAUGAUCCCCCUGUUCCCACACGACCAGCGCUCUCUGGCUGCCGCCGCCGCCGCACAACAAGGCUUCCUCUUCCCGCCCGGCAUGUCCUACAAGCCAGGUGAGAAUUACCCAAUGCAGUUCAUUCCAUCAACAAUGGCAGCCGCGGCGGCCUCUGGACUCAGCCCGCUACAGCUGCAGCUGUAUGCCGCACAGCUGGCAAGCAUGCAGAUCUCGCCGGGAGCCAAGAUGGCGCCCCUCCCGCAGGCUCCCAACUCCUCCAGUCCGCUUUCACCCUCCAACCUCAAGAGCGAGAAGCGAGCGUCCAGCCCCGUCACUCAGAUUAAGGAAGAAGGAUCCACACAGCCACUGAACCUCUCCGCCAGACCGAAGACGGCUGAGCCGUAUCGCUCUCCGACGUCACCCACGCAGAGCCUGCUGCCCGGAAACAAGACCAGCCCAGGUGGCCUGGGCAAGGGUCGCAUCCCGAGCCCCAUCCCCAUCCCCAACAUGGGCCGAAACGCCUCCCUGGACAUCUUGUCCAGCCUUAACUCCACAGCGUUGUUUGGGGACCAAGACGCGGUUAUGAAAGCCAUCCAGGAGGCGCGGAGCAUGAGGGAGCAGAUCCAGAGGGAGCAGCUCCACCAUCAGCAGCAGCAGCCGGGCCACCAGAGUCUGGAGGCCAAGCUGUCCGCACUCAGCAGCAUGAACCUCAACAACAGCAACAAGGAGCGGCUUCACUAUGAGACUCUCAGCCAGCAUCUGGGGAAGCUUGGGGAGGACGCAGGGAAGAUGGUCCAUCGAGUCAUCGACCUGACGAGACCAGAGGAUCUGGAUGGGAAUAAUAUCACAGAGGCACGGGUGUUCAGAGAGGCACGAGGCAGGAACAGCAGUGAGCCCCACAUCAAGAGGCCCAUGAACGCCUUCAUGGUUUGGGCUAAAGACGAGAGGAGGAAGAUCCUGCAGACCUUCCCCGACAUGCACAACUCCAACAUUAGCAAGAUCCUGGGUUCUCGCUGGAAAGCCAUGACCAACCAGGAGAAGCAGCCGUACUACGAGGAGCAGGCCCGCCUCAGCAAGAUCCACCUGGAGAAAUAUCCCAACUACAAGUACAAGCCGCGGCCCAAGAGGACCUGCAUCAUCGACGGCAAGAAGCUGCGCAUCGGGGAGUACAAGCAGCUGAUGCGCUCGCGGCGUCAGGAGAUGAGGCAGUUCUUUGUGGGGCCUCAACCCCAGAUUUCUCUGGGCAACAGCUCAGGAGGCGUUGGAGUUUACCCGGGCGCGAUAACCAUGGCGACAACGGCGACGCCCUCCCCGCAUCUGACCUCGGACUGCUCGAGCACGUCAGCCAGCCCCGAGCCGAACAUCCCCGUCAUCCAGAGCACGUACGGGGUGAAGUCGGAGCCCGGCGGCGGGGGCAGCAACGGCACGGGCGUCGGCGCCAUGGAUCUCCCCGGUGACCCCGCAAACGGAGACGACGACAUGGACAUGUACGAGGACUUUGAGGACGAGCCCAAAUCGGACUAUAGCAGCGAGCACGAGACGCGGGAAGUGGUCAGCGCCAACUGAUCGGGGGAGAUGAGUAAAAGUAAAAACGUGACAAAAACAACAACUCCCUUUACGUCCAGAGAGACGAACUCUGAGAACAAAGUUCAUCACGGAGAUCUCCAGGCAGACUUCUUACUGAGCAUGCCCUGGCAAGAUCUGAAAGACUUGUGGAACAGUGUCUUGACAGGCGCCCCGUUGAAGAAAAAGGGGGCGGCGAGGGAGAAGGUGUCCCACGAACACGACCUCAACAAUCAUUCAGACUUUGAGCUGACAAGGAGCUGCAGUUUCCUACACUCUGACAAUCGUUAAAGGAGCAAAAAGAGCGAGAGAGAAAGAGAGCGAGACAACGAACAAAUGAGCAACAAACGCAUCACAACGUGGUGUUUGUAGAGAGCAUGCAUGGUUUUUUUUUUCACGCAUCACAAAAUGCUCUUUGACAGCUAUUUGGUCUUAAAUGUGUAAAAGAGUGUGUUAGUUUUACUAUUAUGGCGUAUUUGACUUUUCGUGACCCCGUUUGGUUUUCUGUUCCAUCGAUCUCUCUGACAGGUCUCACUGCCUGUACAAACUCUGGACUGUCGGAACUUGAAAUUUCAAAAGUUUUUAAUAUAAAUUCUGAUUUGUGUUACCUUCUUAGUCUUACCUUACUUUCAACAUAGUGCUAAGCCUUUUUCCCCCACCUUACAAACUGCUUAUAUUAUGUUACUGUUAGUUUUUUUUUUUUUUUUUUUUAAGAAAUAUCCCAGCUCAGGUAUGAUGUGCCAGCUUGUGAAUGUUGUUUUUUUUUCUUUGUUUCCAUAAAAGUAGGACUUUUAGAUGUUCCAUAGGUAGGAUUUUUCAGACUGUCAUUGAAAUAUAGGGAGUUAAAUCCUUUAUAAUAAUAAUAAUAAUAAUAAUAAUAAUUAUUAUUAUUAUUAUUAUUAUUAUUAAGGAAGGAAAAACCCAUACAUUGUACAGUUUUCUUCAGAUGUGCCAAACAUUCACGUUGUCCCAGGAUGUUGUAGUCUUAAUUUCCAAUGCUGCAAAAAAAAAAAACGAAGAAAAAAAAAAAGUCUUAUUAUACAAUCAAUUUUUCUAUCUGGUGUGAUAGAUUGUUUUUUUUUGUUUGUUUUUUUUUCUUGUUUUUUGUUUUGUUUUUAAGUAAAAUGCUGGUUCCCCUCCUGAUCCAGUCACAGUCAGAGCUCAGGGAGGACACGUCUUCGUCACGCUUUCCCCCAGUCACACGAACGCAUCAUCGCAUUGUGUCGCUCCAGGAAUCUGUUUCACUUCGAGACACAUCGUAGCAGAGUAGCUCAUUUUAUUUCCAACUGCACUGGUGCUUUCAUGAACCAUGUUGCUCUUAGUUCCUUCAUGCCAAACCAGUUUGCUCGAAGCUUAGCGUAGUGCUAUAUCAGCACUUAUGACCGUCCCUUUAAAUCAGGCUAACGACAGAGGUACUUUUUAGCUUUUAUUUUUUUUUUCAUGUAUUUAUUUUUUUUACAUCUUAAAUUAAUAAUUUCUGAAGUGAUGUUUUGUUAAAUGGUUAGAAGCACUUGAUAUUUUACCUGAAUUACGUGACUCUUAUUUACUAUAAAUCCAGAUUAGUUGGAGUUUGAGGCGGCGCGCGCUAGAUUGUCCAAGAGGAGCCAAACAUAAAACGAGCUCUUAGGGUUUUAAGACGGGUCUCGUCUCAAAAUGUCUUACAAUGUAGCCAAAUUUUUUUUUUUUUUUUAACAAACUCUAUAAAUGCAUCCAUAAGGAUUUUAGUAGCUGAUUUAUAAUUAUCUUGAGACUAUACAUUACAAUAUAAUAUCUAAUACAAUACAAUAAUAUGUCAUUUUUAAAAAAUCUAAUUAUAUGUCUAAAUGUUUAUAAAUAAAAAAUAAAAUCUCCAUCCAGGUGCAUCUCUACCAUAAACUGCACUGCUUAGUUUUUUUUUUUUUUUUUUAAAAGCAGAUGAUGGAUAUUUAAAUGAGAAAAAAAGAGGUCGGAGGUCGUCCGCUGCUGAUUAUUUUCCUGUGUGAAACAUAUAGAAAGAGUGGAACAUGUGAAAUGGUUCUGCUCAAACUUGCUGUCUGAUGUGAUAUUCAUAGUCAGUAAAAUUAAAGGUAUUUUAGCAGUUUGAGUGAGAGCUAGUUUAUAUUAGCACCAACAUAGUUUUCAGUUUUGAGUUAGUUUCUGUGACCACACGUGAGCGCUAUACGUUCCUCUUAGGAAACGAAUAUUUCUGUUCCUCCGCCUCCUACCUUCAAGUAAAUCACUGUAAAUAUGCAUCCCGUGGAAACGUAAUUACAGUUUAGGCAUUUGUAAAUUGACAUUCCCAUGGACUGUUUUUAAGAUUGUUUUUCUUUUAAGAUGGUAAAAGUUCAUAUUUGUCAUUGCUCCUCUCGGACUAGACGUUAGCUUCAGCUUUCUGGUUUGACUGAUCUGGAUUUAUCCCAUUUCAAUUUUUUGGUCACCUUUCAACAGAACCUCACUUCAAAAAUCAUGACCUGCCCCUUUAAGAAUCGCUGAGUCCUAAAAGGACGUUUGAAGCUGUUCGUACUCAGAAUCAGAUGAAAGGUGGGAGAGCCGUCUCAGAGAGGUUCUGCUAAAAAGAUGUGAUCAUUGUGGGUUUUGUGUUUUCAAUUCGUCCUAAAAUGUCUCCUAGCUUGUUUGCUAUAAUCGUCCUCUUAGAAUAAUGUGGGAAAUAUCUGAAAACUCAUACAUUUAAAGGCAAAAUUAAACAGGUCUGUUAUUCUAAAAAGAUGACCUGUUGUAUUUUCAUAUAGUUCAGAAUUAGCUGGACAGAGCUUUCCUCACUAUAAUGAUGCUGAGGGGAAAAUAUUUGUGCUCACUCGUAUAUCAAAUCUUUUUUUUUUUAUUUCAAAAAACUGUUUUCCUGAGUUCUUUUUAAACAUUUCUUUAAUUUUCUGCUUCAUGACAAAAGUUCUCCUCACAACUAUUUCCAUCUGUAUUUAUUAGGACUGAACAUUAGCUUUUGCUCCUGUUACAUUUCUGUCAGCAUCAUACACAUAUUAAGCACUGGAUAUUAAUUCUGAUGUACUUUUCCUGUUUUUUUUGACUAAUGUGAAGUUAUUGUUUGAUUUAAAACAUUACAAAUUAGUCAAAUAAAAUCAGAUUUUUUAUUUCUUUUUGAGGGGGGCCUCAGUGUUGCCAGGCUCCAUUAAAAUUGACAUUUCUUUCAAAGCAUUUUUUUUAAUUAUUAUUAUUAUUUCAAUUAUUUAAGCGAACUUUGUUUCUCGCAGCUCUGAUCGGGCCACGCCGCCUCUGGUCUCUUUUGAAAAACAAAAAAGAAAAAAAGGUAACCUCAUGCUCUUGUUAGUCGUGACCUGCGGAGGCAGAGCACACGUUUUCACGGUCACACACAUCUUUAUUUUUAUUUUAUUUUUGUUUUUUUCUUCUUUUUUUGUGAUGAGUAUUGUAUUUGAAAUUUCAAUUGUGCGUUUUAACAUUUCAUUGUAUUUAUUAGCCUGCUUUGGCUCUAAAAAGUGUCAGUACAACUUGGUGAGAGAGACAAUCUGAAAAAAAAUAUAUAUAUGAAUAAAAAAAAAGAAAAGACUUCAGA